CCCCCUCAGGGGCACCGCCGGCGGGCAGCGCCGCCACACCGACGCUGUUUCCCGUCCGAUCCGGGCCACCAGACCGCACCGAACCGGUGGAACUUCUGGGCGAGCACAUCCGAGCGGCACGGAGCGAUGCUGAGGGAUGUUCCUCUCCUCGUCCCUCCCCUUCCCCCGGAUGCGGGCCGGGAGGGCCGGGAUGGCGCUGCCCACCCCGCGCUACGAGCACCUGGGCCCGCGGGGGCCCUUUCGGGACGUGUACGAGCCGGCCGAGGACACCUUCCUGCUGCUCGAUGCGCUGGAGCGGGACGCGGGCAGCCUGCGGGAGGCUCGAGUUGAGAUCUGCCUUGAAAUAGGAUCAGGAUCUGGUGUGGUUUCAACAUUUCUGGCUUCUUCCAUCCUUGGACCCAGUGCACUGUACAUAUGCACAGAUAUCAACCCCAUGGCAGCUUACUGUACCCAGGAGACAGCUCUGCUUAACAAUGUUCACCUGCAGCCCAUCAUUACUGACUUGGUCAAAGGAUUAUCCCCAAGAUUAAAUGGGAAGGUUGAUCUACUGCUGUUUAACCCACCAUAUGUGGUAACACCUUCUGAAGAGGUGAAAAGCCAUGGAAUAGAGGCAUCCUGGGCUGGGGGCAAACAGGGCAGAGAAGUAAUGGAUAGAGUUUUCCCAUUAGUACCAGACCUGCUUUCACCAGGAGGAUUAUUCUACUUGGUCACAAUUAAAGAAAAUAAUCCAGAUGAAAUUCUGGAAACAAUGAAGAAAAGUGGCUUAAAAGGCACACAAAUACUUUCCAGGCAAGCGGGACCAGAGAUGCUGACAAUCCUCAGAUUCAGGAAGUCUUGAUAACUUCUCUUCACCUGCCAGGUAGUAGGCAUAAAGAAAAUUGAACACAGAGUUGUGAGUUGGUAACACUGCAGUGAAUGCAGUCUGCUCUGUUAAUGACAGGAACUUACUUAUGCAAGAAAAACAUCAAGAAAGAAAUUAACCCAAAAAAUGAACUAGGGAACAAAAUAUCAACAGGUUUGUAAUGAUCCAAUAUCCUCUGACAUAACCAAUGCCACACACCAGAGAGUCUCACAAGCCAUGCACAUGUAUCACUUUUGUUGUCUUCAGUUGUCCUUGGUCAGAACCAGCAUCAUUUUACACCAUCAACAUUCACAACAAACUGCAAGUUUCCAAGCAGCAUGACUAAGAUAUCCUCCUUUUGGCUUAAAAAGUUCUUUCCUCUCCCAGGAUCAGCAUUUAUCAGCAUGGAUCACUUUGGCCAUGAUUAAGGACCGGAGUCUUCCAUGUCCCUCUGACCUCAAGAGAAGAAGAAAGAGCCUUGUUAAAAUACACAGAUGCUCGGAGUUCACCGCUGAAGCAUUUGGAGGAAGUUUGGAUCAGUGCACAGAUGGAAAUACAGUGGCACAUUAUACAGUGUGAAUAUACAAAAUGUGAAGGCACAGUUAGGAGUUGUUUCACUUGUUCUCACAUACCUAUCAAAUAUUUUGCUGCUGUACUACUCAGGGUACUGAACUUCUCAUCUUUUCCAACAGAUGAAGAUGUUCCAGCAGCAGAUAGAGAGGAUUCUUCAAUCCCUUGUAAUGAGCACAACAAUUCUACAACACAAUUAAUUAAAUUAAUUUAAUUAAACACCUUCCCCAAGCUUCAGAGAAGGCUUCUCAAGGAAUGAUGGAAGAUUUUAUAUUAGUAAUUGUAGUUGUUUAUAUUUCCAUUGGGUUAUUUUUUGAGGAAUGCAAUUUUGCAAAUAGAAAUUGAAUUUUAGUAAUUUUCCCUUUUUUUCCCCCAUUUUAAAGAAACACUAAUGUAGUUUUUCUGGUGUAGGCUGGAGGGUUUUCUGGGGCUCUCAUUGUUUUUUCUGUGGAUAGCUUUGCGACAUACAAAGCUUAAAUAAGUUGGCUUCAACUCUCAGCUUACUUUUGACCAAAAUAAAAACCAAACAAGUUCAGAAGGGGUAAGAAGGAAGUGCAUUUAAAAAAAGAAUAUUUCCAUCAUGGUUCUGUAGAGACUGACUUGCAAGACUUUUGUUUGUGUAAUGCUCCUAUAAACAUUAUAUUGAUAUUUGUAGUAAUUUGUGUCAUUUUAGCAGUGCCUUAUCACAGGAGGAUAUGGGGCACAGUGUAGUCCUCACAUCAGUCCAAAUUAGCAGAGCCUCUUACUCAAAAACUGGCCAUUCAAAGUUGAAAGUGGGAUGAUAAUUAGAUGUGGUUAAGCUAAAUAAUUGAAGAUAUACUGUGAAAUUAGGGAUAAUUUGACUGCAGACUGGACCUAGAACUUGUAGGAUUUCCAGAUUUCAAGCUCAGGAUUGAAUGCUACCAAAACCUUUGGCCAUGGUUCAGAAGUACCUGAACCCUCAGGUUCUGGAGUUACUGGAUUAAGUAACCUAGCUGGUUACUGAAUAUUUCUCAGUUAUUAUCAUUAUCAUCCUCUUAAAUUAAAUUGGGAGGCUCUGCUGUGGUAAUAAAAUAAGACCCAUUAUCUGCAGGGUGCACUGAGCACUGCUUUGGUUUCUGUUCUCCACCUGUAAUGCUUAAUAGCUACAGACAGCUUUAAUUAUGAGGCCAGAUCUUAUUGUGAACUUGAUAAUUGCUCUGAGCCAGCAUUACCUGAAGAAUGUACACUAAUACCCUUUUUAUCAACAUGACUGGAGAAACCUUAAUUGUCUGGGCAUUGGAAAGAGAAGGUGAUCCUGAGGGUUUAAAAAACAUCUCCCCUUCUCUGGCUCCUGGCUCACCUCACAGGGCAAUGAACGAAGCUGCAGGGUUUUUUUUUGGUUUUUUGAAAGAUGCUUCUGGAAGUGAGGUUGCUUCUGGAAGUGAGGUUUUGAUUUUCAAGAAGCAAGAUAGCAGAAAGGAGGGAUGCAAAACAGGAUUUUAAACUUGUUCAGUGCUUCUGCAUGACUAAUUCAACAUCAAUCAGUUAAGAAGUUUAAAAAAUUCACUAUUCACACAACCAUCUGCACUGUAAGGGAUGAUUGUUUCUGCUGCUUGUUCUCAGCAUCUUCAUAAGGACAAGUAAUUUGGAUUUUGUGUAUUCCUUUCUCAGCAUGUCUUCAAGAUUGAUUUUUCCCCUAAAUAUUUUUAAGACAUUGAAGCACUUAGCUGAACCUGCCCAAAAACUUCUGCCUGUGCGAAAUUCCUUCAUAAAGUUAGAACCAAAUUGAACGCAAAUGGAAAUUUUGUAUAUAACAAUUGU